AGAACAAAGGUGAAUUUGGUGGAGAAAGUAAUAACAUUAACGACACUAGAAAUGUUGAAUGGGAGAGUGUCUUAGUUGGUCGAAAGGGAUUGCCCGUUGCGAUGAUUGAAAAUCCUUCUGACAAAUAUAACAUUAAUAUAGAGGAACAAGAUACACCAAUUUUGGCUCAACAAUGUUAA